AUGACAACACCAGGUUCGCGGCAACCCACGCUUUCCUUCAGAGCCACUCCAUCGCCAUCGCAAACAGCCAAUGGGGCAAGGCCACUCACAUCCCCCUCAUACGCGGCGGUCACUGCGGGCCCAUCUUCAAGGACCACGACAUCUUCCACCAUCGCCCGCAGCGGGACCGUCGCGACGAGCGCCGCGCCCAAAAUAACAGAGGCCAGGAGAUCCGGCGAAGCCGCCGCAACGAGGAAGCCGCCGACGACCGCCACGGUGAGUAAACCUCGUGUAGUGUCGGUAGAAACGGUCAAGUUAUCCGUCAAGCCGGUAAGAGCGAGCGCGCAGAAUGCAACCAGAUCGGCACGCGCUCCCUCUCACCCCCCGCAGAGAACAUCACCGGAGGCGGGGGGUCCACGAAAAUCGAUGGAGAAGGAGAAAUGUGGAGAGGGAGCGUACAAGAAGUUGCCCGCCAAUCACGAUCUACCAGUAUCAUCCAGGACGCGGCGGGCAACCAGCGUGCCGAUCGAGAAGAGAGAGGACACGGCAAGACGGGAGCGCGUCUCCCCACACCCUCCUCGCAGAAAAAUAUAUAACAUCAGUUCGUCAUCGGACGAUGAGGGCACGCCGAUACAACCAGGCGGCGUGGGGAGACCAAUGAGAAGGAAGGAGACCGGACCACCCCCUGUGACACCAUCGUCCAGAGCGACGGGCAACUCGACGUCGCUGGUCGCGGGGAACACGGAGAGGACGCCCCCCGCGACGCUCCCCAGCCCGCCUACGUCCACCAGAGGCGGUCCAUCGGGGAGCCCAGGCGAGACGCUAAUAUCUCUCUCGCCAGCGACGUCCCUACCGACGACACUCACCACUAGCACGGUGACGACGACCACCUGUGGAAGCCCCAUCGCAUCCACCGGCUUCACAGGUGGCGCGGGGAGGCAAUUAACACCACCAUCGUGCCUCCCCCCAAUGAGCAUCCUCCCGACCAUCGGGGAGGAAACCGCGUCACCGUGCGUGGCGGUCGCAGUAUCAACAACGAGCGGCAGUGAGUCCCCUUCGAUACCACCGAGGACGACUACACCGGAGCCUGAGCGGGGACGAGAGGAAGGGCGGCAGGAGGACGCGGCGUCCAAAACACCCAUCGUGGAGGGGAACAAUCAAUGGGGUGGCAGCUGGACGGUGAGCGUGGGAAGAAGAGCAAGGCGGAGGCAGCAUGAAAACGAUAGGUCCCCCUCCAACUCCGAGUCCCCGCCAACCGCGGGACCAUCGCGUUCGCCGCGCGUGGCCCCACUGUGCGCGCUCAUAGCAGCGUCGACGAGCUUUCACGACGAAAGCCUGAGAGUCGUCAACAUGCACCACGAAACUUGCCGGGAGAGAACUCCGCCCUGUAACGUAUUGCCAGUGGGGGCGGAGAGGAGACGCCGGGAGACAUCGCCGGAGGAUCACGCGGAGGGAGACGUCGGUCGUACUGGAACAAAGGUUAGUGUCGAACGUCCGAGUGCUCCCGCGUAUGUACGUGGUGUGAUGUCUCGAAGGGGAGCGGCCGCGUCAUCCACCGUGCCACCGCGAGCCAACCGUGGGGAGGGCGGUCAGCAGCAUCAUGGUCGGCGGCGUCCGAACGCCCCCGUCGGUCAGCCGUCGCGGGAUCACCCGGCGCCUGCGACUGUCGCGAGGCAGCGCAGGCGUGAGCGGGUGACUACCCGCGACGCGCUGCUCGAUCGGGCCAAGGACGUCGACUCGAUUGCUGAUCUGGAGACGUUCGCGACUUCGGUGGCGGCGUUCUUCGGGGAGGACGCAUCGGCCAGAAGUGCUGCUGGCCGCGCUCGCGAUCGCUCG